AUGCCAUUCCCAUUAGUAGCAAGAAAGAACUUGAAGGAAAAAGAACCAGCUUUGGCCAAGUACUCAAAGGAAAUCGCUGAUCUGGUUGGCCAAGAAUGGGAAUAUCAAUUCGAUUUGGAUGGUUUCUCAAACUACUUGGAAGGCAAGACAUUCUCGUGUUACUCCAAAGAUGCACCGGGAACCUUCUUGUACUCUCAGGUGAUGGAAGCACUCCGUGAUGCGCUGAAGCAAUUCUUGGCCGGUGAGAAUCCAACCUUUAGAAAAGAAGCACUCUUGGAUGCCGUCUCUGCCAAGAAGGUCGUUGUCACCGUCGACACUGACGAAGCCAACAAAUACGAAUACUACCGUCUCCGUUUCAAUGCCGGUGUCAUGACCAUCCUCUUCAAGUACCCCGUGAACUCACCGAAUUCCUCGCACUUUAAGAUCAUUGAAUCACUGCCAGGUGCCGGUGGAUAUCCAUUCGAAGUCGCUCUCGAAAUGACCAGACUCCAACCGAGAUUCGACACCCACUUGGCCAACCUCUCAAAGGCAACCGGACAAUCGUGGUCGUUGAUGGAACCAGCAGUUGCAUUGAAGCUGUUCCAAUCCUUCAAUGCCGACCACCAAAAAUCAUUCCCAGGAAUGUAUUUAGAUGCAUUGGAGAAGACCUCGGGUAACAUCAUCAAUCGUGUCAAGGAGGAGAUGGUCAAGGAGGCAUUCGCUGAGAAAGUACCAAAAGCCACGCUCACAUUCGUUUGGAAGAGCACUCAAACUCACUGCGACUGUGUCUACGAGUAUGUCGACGGUGGUCUAGUCGUCUCCCUCAGAUACCAAGGUUUCUGUAAUGUCUCAAGAGAUUAUGACUUUGAAAGAGAUCUCUAA